GAGUAAAGUCACGUGAGCGGGGCUGCGGCGCUCCGCUCCGCUCGGUCAUGGUGGCCCCGAUGUACGGUUCCCCGGGCGGCCGCCUGGCCCGGGCGCUGACGCGGGCGCUGGCGCUGGCCCUGGUGCUGGCCCUGCUGGUCGGGCUGUUCCUGAGCGGCCUGACGGGCGCGAUCCCGAUCUCGGGACGCCAGUGGGGGCCCAACGGGCCGGUCCCUCCCGAGUCCCGCAGCCGCUCCGUGCUCCUGGACGCCGAGACCGGCCAGCUCCGCCUGGUGGAUGGCCGCCACCCGGAUGCCGUGGCCUGGGCCAACCUCACUAACGCCAUCCGCGAGACCGGGUGGGCCUUUCUGGAGCUGCAGACGAACGGCCGCUACAACGACAGCCUGCAGGCCUACGCCGCGGGCGUGGCGGAGGCCGCUGUGUCUGAGGAGCUCAUCUACAUGCACUGGAUGAACACGGUGGUGAAUUACUGUGGCCCCUUCGAGUACGAAGUCGGUUACUGCGAGAAGCUCAAGAGCUUCCUGGAGACCAACCUGGAGUGGAUGCAGGAGGAGAUGGAGCUGAAGCAGGGCUCGGCUUACUGGCAUCAGGUGCGGCUCACCCUCCUGCAGCUGAAAGGCCUCGAGGACAGCUAUGAAGGCACUAUGACCUUUCCAACUGGGAGGUUUACCGUCAAACCCUUGGGUUUCCUCCUGUUGCAGCUCACCGGGGACCUGGGAGACUUGGAGCCUGCCCUGAAUAAGACCAAGACCAAGCACGUUAUGGGCUCUGGCUCUUGCUCUGCCCUCAUCAAGCUGUUGCCUGGCCAGACGGACCUCUUGAUCGCCCACAACACCUGGAGCUCCUACCAGAACAUGCUGCGCGUCAUCAAGAAGUACUGGUUCCAGUUCCGGGAAGACCCCCAAGAAAACUCUCCCCUGGCUCCUGGCAACAAGCUGGUCUUCUCAUCCUACCCUGGCACACUCUUCUCCUCUGACGACUUCUACAUCAUGGGCAGUGGGCUGGUGACACUGGAGACCACCAUUGGCAACAGGAACCCGGCCCUCUGGAAAUAUGUGCAUCCCAAGGACUGUGUGCUGGAGUGGUUGCGUAAUGUGGUGGCCAACCGCUUGGCCUUGGACGGGGACGCCUGGGCAGACACCUUCAAGAGGUUCAACAGUGGCACGUACAACAACCAGUGGAUGAUCGUGGACUACAAGGCAUUCAUCCCUGGCGGGCCCAGUCCCAGGAACAGGGUGCUCACCAUCCUGGAGCAGAUCCCGGGCAUGGUGGUGGUGGCCGAUAAGACCUUAGAACUCUACCAGAAGACCUACUGGGCCAGCUACAACAUACCGUACUUUGAGAGUGUGUUCAAUGCCAGUGGGCUGCAGGCCCUGGUGGCCCAGUACGGGGACUGGUUCUCCUAUGAUGGGAGCCCCCGGGCCCAAAUCUUCCGGCGGAAUCAGUCGCUGGUGCAUGACCUGGACUCCAUGCUCCGGCUCAUGAGGUACAAUGACUUCCUGCACGACCCCCUGUCGCUUUGCAAAGCCUGCAACCCCCAGGCCAACGCAGAGAACGCCAUCUCGGCCCGCUCUGACCUGAACCCAGCCAACGGCUCCUACCCUUUCCAGGCCCUGCACCAGCGCUCCCACGGGGGCAUAGAUGUUAAGGUGACCAGCAUGGCACUGGCCAGGGCCUUUCGCAUCAUUGCCGUCAGUGGCCCUACGUGGGACCAGCUGCCUCCGUUCCAGUGGAGCUCCUCGCCCUUCAGUGGCCUGCUGCACAUGGGCCAGCCUGACCUCUGGAAGUUCUCACCCAUCGAGGUCUGGUGGGACUGAGUCUCGUUCUCUGCCCUGCUGACCCCCAGUGGGGCCACCCUCGGCCACCACCCUGACCUCCUGCCCACCCCCUCUGUGGGCUUCGUCCUCUGCUGUGCCUGGAUCAGGGACCUGGGUCUGCCAGGUUCACUCUCAUCUGGGUCGUCUCUUAGGUGGGACGCGGGGCCCGACGGGACCCAGAACUGACUCGUUCGCUCCCCUUAAGUGAGGGAAUGCCUCCCCUGUCCCCUGCCUCUCUGCAUCUCUCCCUCUCUACUCUCUCUCUACUCUGUCUGCUUCUCUCUUCUGUGCUGGGGUCCUGUCCUCACAUGCUGCCCCCUCUUGAGGGCUUGGGAGGGGUCCUCGGAUGGGGUUUCGGGCCGCUGGUAGAGCAGAGGGGACCAUUCCAGUUCCUGCCUCUCAGUGUCAUUCCUGCCGGUGGCUCUGGGACUUGUGGGGUUUCGGCCCCAGGACCUGGGCAUUGCCUCUGGUUGACAUCGGUCUUUCCAUCUCCCAGCCCCAGCCACUCUGCUUCCCUCAGGAAGCAGCCCCCUUGUUUCCCCUUCUGGACAGCUUUCCUGAGGACAGAAACUUGAAAACAAACAAAAACCAAAGUUUCUGGUGACUUGUGGCUGGAGGGGUCUUCAGGGGCAGACAAGAGUGUCACCCUCUAUGCUGCAGCCUCAUGCCCCCUGCCCCCAACUUGCUCCUGCCCCUAGCCUCAAGACAGUGCCCACAGCUCCCCUGCUGUAAGAACCAAAUUGCAGGCUGUGCUGCCAUUAAAGGAGAGGCUGUGGCCCCUGUGCUGUGUCUUUUGGAUAGUGGGGAAGGCUGGGCUGGUGCCCUUUCUCCUCUUUGGUUUGGGUUCUACACCAUCCACCCAUGCAUUCUCCUGUCCAUUCUUCUGUCUACUCAUCUGUCAUGUAUUCAUCUGCUAACCCACCUACCCAUUGUCCAUCUGCACGGUCUUCCACCCAUCCAUCCAUCUACUCAUCUGUCCAUCCAUCCACCCACCCACCCCCCAACCACCCAUCCAUUUACCCAUCCAUCCAUCCGUCCAUCCAUCCAUCCAUCCAUCCAUCCAUUUUCUGUCUACCCAUCUAUUCAUCUGUCAUCCAUCCAUCAAUCCAUCUGUCUAUUCAUUUAUCUAUAUCCAUCUCUCCAUCCAUUCAUCCAUCUGUCCAUCCAUCCAUCCAGAUGUUCUUGAGCACCUACUUUGUUCUGGGUACUAUCCCAGGGCCUGGUUAACCAACAAGACUUUCCCAGGUUCCACUGUGGGAUACAGGUCAACACAAAACAGAGUCUGUCACCAUCUGAUCUUAGCCAGCUGGUCGACCCCAGCCCUCCACGCCUCAGCUCUUACAGUGGACAGAGGGGUCUGCCUUGCCUUUUGAGGGGGUUUUGUGCUGAUUCAAGUGGGACAGUUGAGGCUGGAAGUGAUCUUCUGGACAGGUUUUCUUCAACUGAGUACCACUCUGUCCCCCAGAAAGAAUUCUGGAGCCAAAGGGCUGAUGGUUUGCUGUCCUUGCCAGCCUGCCUUUGAUGUCCCAUUCCCUAUAAAAUACAUGUCUGUCCCUGCUGGCUGGAAAUCA